UUGACAGGCGCGAUGUCAAGUCGUUGUCCCUAAAACCUAUUUCCAGUCGACUUCUAAUUUAGUCAGGGACUACAUACAGUGCUAAUUAAAACGUAAGAAGUUUUAGGCUGAUUCGGGUGAAACGCUUUUUUGUUGGUAAAAAGAGCUCGCGCGCUAGCCGUGAACUUCCUCCGAGCGAUUUUGAAUAAGGAAGUAGCUCAGUUAGCUAGCUAGCUAGCUAGCUCGAGACCAUGUAAACAUCUCAAAUGGAGGGUGUGUCCGAGUGAAUAUUUCUUUUUCCUGAUCUUUUAAAGUAAUAUAUAUAUAUAUAUUCCGUUUGGGAGAAUGGGCGACGCGGCGAAAGUUCAGCGUCGGGAGCAGUUAAAGCGCUGGAACGGCUCCACAACGGACAGAGAGCCGGCCGCGCCGCGGAGACGCUGGCGGGAUGAAGAGGAGGAUGGCCGGGAAGAUGGAGAGAAAGCACAGGACGCAGACGGCCAACGAUCUGGCCGGCAAUACGUCAGAAGAAAGCGUGUUCGAUUCGAAAGGACGGCAGAGUUCCUGGCCGUCUGUGCCAGCGGUGAUACAGAGGAGGCGAAAGAGAUGCUGAAGGAGGUGCAAGUUAUAAGCAAUGGGGACAAAAUGUCAGGACAGGACAUGGUCAACUGUUCCAACGCCGACGGAAUCUCAGCACUGCACCAGGCCUGCAUCGAUGGUAGUAUCGAGGUGGUGGUCUUCCUCUUGUCUCAAGGUGCCAACGUAAACCAGGUGGACAACGAGGGCUGGACCCCGCUUCACGUAGCAGCUUCCUGUGGGAACAUGGAAAUUGCUGAAUACUUGCUGCAGAAGGGAGCAUUUGUGAACUCUGUGAACUGUGACGGCGAUGUACCAUUAGAUAUCGCCAAAGACGAAUCCAUGGAGGCACUACUGCAUAAGCACACUCUGAAACAGGGUGUGGAUGUGGAGGCAGCUAAGCGUUUGGAGGAGGAGUUGAUCAUGCGUGAUGCCCGUGGUUGGCUUACAGACGGCGUGCCAGCUGAGCUGCACCACCCCAGAACCGGAGCUACACCCCUUCAUGUUGCGGCUGCAAAGGGCUACCUAGAGGCCAUCAAGUUGCUGUGUCAGUGUGGCCUGGAUGUGUCUGCUAAAGAUAGGGAUGGCUGGACUCCGCUCCACGCUGCAGCCCACUGGGGUCAGAGUGAGGCCUGUUGUCUCCUUGCAGAGCAACUUUGUGACAUGGAAGCCUGCAGCAAUGGGGGUCAAACUCCAUUUGAUGUGGCUGAUGAAAGUGUGGAGGCCUUGCUGGAGGAAUUGUUGCAGAGACAAGCUAGCUGGCGAACCGAACAGGCAAUUAAGGAUAAACAGAAUGCACAAGCAUCCGCAAACGGCAACACUGCCAAAAAACGCAGAAGCUCGGUGUGUAGGAUGAGCAGCCGAGAAAAGAUGAGCGUACAGGAUCAGUCAAAGGAGCGAGGAGUCUCUGGCGGCCUGGAGCUAAAUGAGGACAAAGAGAGCAGUCCCGAGACUUCCACAGUGUCAAGUCCAGAUACAGAAAGCAUCACUACCUCCACAGUCAGCCCUGCUGACAAGACCCCUGAAGAGAAGGAAGCGGAGGAGAGAGAGCAGGAGCGAGAGAGCCGUACUGCUCGUGUUCCUCCCACACUGCAAAGAGGCGACUCGGCCCCAGAGAGUCCUAGCGGUCCCUCUACUGACGGCAAAAAAUACCAGGCUCCAGUUCGAGAUGAGGAGUCAGAAUCUCAGAGAAGAGCUCGUUCUCGACUCAUGCGCCAGUCACGACGCUCUACUCAGGGAGUGACCCUGACUGACCUUAAAGAGGCGGAGAGAAUCGUUAAUAGGACGUCUGAACCUCAGCCCAGUCUUCAGACCGUCAGUCCUGUUGUCACGGUAACGCCAGCAGAGAGAGACACAGAACCUGGGAAGGCCGGCAGCCCAGAGGGAGACUCCAAACUGGCUGUGAAAGAUCGGCGUAGAAUAAGAAGAGAAAGGCGAUCGACUGGCAUCGCCGCUCUUAUGGGAGAGACAGAGGACACGGAUGUAAACGAGCCUACACGUGCAGAUGGCACCUCAAGUGACACCCAGCUAGGAGAUAGAAAAUCGUCAGUAUCACUGGAUUUCAGAAAGCUGUAUGUGGAGGUGUUGAAGGAGAACAGCGCUCUGAGAGAGAAGCUUCAGGAGACACAGCUGCAGCUCAGCGAGUGCAAAGUAGAGCUCGAGCGACUCAGACAGAGCCAGGAAAAUGGUUGUGACCGCCCUGCUCUACUGGAACUAGAAAGAUUUGAGAAGAAGGCUCUUGAAAGGAAAGCAGCAGAGCUUGAAGAUGAACUCAAGGUCCUUGUCGAUCUGCGUGCCGAUAACCAGAGGCUGAAAGACGAGAACGCUGCUCUCAUUCGUGUCAUCAGCAAGCUCUCCAGAUGAGCCUGCCACUCCUGCUACUAUUCACUGAAACCACAAGGUGGCAGCACUGCCCAUCUCUGUCCCCAGAAUAAACUGGAAGAACGCUCUUCUCCUUCUGCGUGGUCAUAACGCACUGCAACUGUGUGUGUGUGUGUGUGUGUGUGUGUGUGUGUGUGGUCUUUCUCGCCCCUCGGGUGGCUAAACUACUGUUCUCCAAAUUAGCCUGCGCACAGAGGUGAACAGACCGAGCCGCGGCACAACCCCUCAGUUAAACAGCACAUGAACAUCAGGAAAUUGUAGACCUCCGAUUACACCGGGUCUGAUUUUUGCUCGUUCCAGGUCUCAAGAACGGUAACGCAUUCCUUGAACUCAAGACUGAUCAUAAACACAGGCACAAUUAUACCGUAUAUCUAAAGAUAUAACAGUGUCAUGUUACAGCUAUCAGUAGUCAUUUUUUAGCAGUUUGUUUGCAAGCCAGAAGUUUAUAUUGAUGUGCCCGCUCUAAUACCUUUUGAUUCCUGUAGUAAUAAACCCAUUCACAAGGAGACGUAUAUUUAUUUAACAUUUUUGGUGUCAAUGCAUGAAUCACGGGAGAGCGCUCAGGGUAGAUGAUUUGGGGUUUGGACAAGCUGCAGUUUUUCCAUUGUAUUAAUUUCAAAAGAAAAAAUAGAGGCUGGUGAGGAAACGAAGGUUUAUAGCUGCUGAGUGAUAACAGGAAGUAGCUUGUCUUUCAUGGACCAUCCCCAACAGUAUAUAUAUAAUUAUAAAUACAUAAAAAGUAAAUUAAUCUGGGAUAAGUGGAGGAAAACUCAGUUCAGGAUGUGCUUUUAUUGGAAAAUAAUCAUUUUUUCCCUAUAAUAGCACAAGAAUAUGAUGUAAUAUUUGUUAAACACCUUUACGCAUGUUUUAUCGUACAUGGCACUAUUACAUCACUGUAACACUGGUUUAUUCCAGCAUAUGUGCCGAUGUGUUUCUGACCUGUUCGUGUCAGUGUCAUGACGCCGAGUUCAAGUAACGUGUUACCUGAAGUCCAUACUUGAAGUACAGCAGGAUGGAGAGGAAAUGCAGGGUGCUUUUUGUUCCAUAUAUUUAAUUAGAUCUCUUUUUUUUUCCUCCUUGUGCACUGUUCUCGUUAUUAUUCUAUAUAUUUUUUACCUUGUAGCUUAACGCAAAAUAAGCCAAUUCAAGGUUGCCAGUUUAUAUUAUCCUUCGCUUUAGUCAUGCGUAUCCACCGUAGCUUGUAGUUAGUAUUCUGACAGUGUUGGACACCAGAGGGCACGGCCAAUCAUCAGCUUUUAGGACACAACCAAAAAAAAAAAAAAAAAAAAAGAGGCACAUCCGGAUUUUGCCAAGUGACGGGUCAGCAUUCGCAGUUUUUCCUCACCUAGUGGCUAACUUGAUCAUAUGACAGAAUUUCUUUUCACGUUUUCAUCUUGACCCCAUAGCAUUAGUCAUUUAAUGGUUUCUCUACUCAUUUUGCCUGUCUACUUCAUAUUAAAGGUGCAGUUUGUAAUAUUUAAAAGUGAUGCGUAAUAGUAUUGUUUUAGGAAAACUGUUGCAGUGGCUACUUUCUUUCUUUUAAACUUCUGUUUACAUUUUUGGGUCCAAAAAUCUGCUUAACCCCCCGCUUAUACACCACUGCUCAAAUGUUUUCAAAAAAAAAAAAGAAAAGCAGAGAGGUUUUAGCUUUAGACUGCAGGAAUAGAUCUUCUUAGCAGAGCAAGAGGGCACAAAAAAUUACAAACUGCUCCUUUAAUACCAUCUCUAUCAAAGGGCUCUAAAAAUGACCAACUGCCCCUUUUACGAAUUUCACUUUGCUAGCAUAGGACUGUAAAAUCUAUUUAUUUCUCUUGUUGUAGCUGUUGGGAAAAACUAAAGCCAGUAGUCAGGUUAGUCAUACUUGAAAGCAUCGAAAAUGCAGCAAAAUGUUGGAGGAUGUGCUAAAUCAUCAGCAAGUAUUUCUGCAGAGCAUAUGGGAAACAAAAAAUAGUUCUCAGCGAUCCUAGUUUUCUAAGCGGCUUCUGUAUCUGUCGUGGUUUAUCAAAAGCAUUCAUGUAAAUCAUUUAGCUGAAGGCAGCUCAUCAAACCACAAACAUUAGCUCAAAAACAGGAGAGAGUUCACUGAUUUUCAGAGAGUUUUGUUUACCCUCUCUGACUGAUUAGUGACGACAUUGUUUAUGAAACCAAACGUUUUUAAAGAUGAUUGAACAGAGCAGUUUAUUCUCCCCUGUUCAUAAUCUGUUCAUAGACUGUGGCACUAUUUUUUAACAUAACCACUUCAGAUGAUCUUCAAAUAAAUAGCUAAUACACUCAACGCUAAUGGUUAAGAUUAAUGCUAACGAUUCGUGUUAGUGCUUUGUGAAAAGGAAUCUAAUGUAACCGGACCUUGUGCUAAAUGUGCUAAAAUGUGGAGCAGAAGUACUUCUGUAAGUUCUAGAAGGGGCGGAGACAUUAGCGGAAGUUGUGUUGUACAUUUUGUGUAAAUAAGACUAGGUAUGCUAGGUUAUGUCAAGCUGAAGAAAAGAAGUAGUGAUGUCACAUGAUCAAGUAUGCUAAUCAUUUCUAACGUACACUCCACCCUCUUUUGAUCAGUGACACCUGACCCUCUGCAGAAUCAGGACAGCGCUUGCAUUGUUAGACACAACAGAGAUGCAAUCGUGCCAAAACCUGAAGCUCCUCUCCUGCAUGGCUACAGGUGCUACGCUAAUGAGGACUGGGGCUUUCUCUCUCUCUCUCUCUCUCUCGCUGUCUCUCUCUCCCUCGCUCUAUCUCUCUUUGUGUCUUUCUCUUUCUCUCAGGACAAGCUUAGAUCAACACUGUACUCAAGCACACUGCUACUGUAUGUCGGACCAAACAGUCAUUGACAUUGUUGCUGUUUCUCAGCGAGCGAGCGAGUAUUUAUGAGUGUAAGUGAUGUAUUACAGAACUUUGUGUCCUGUGCCAAUGGUGGUGUAGGGAUUUUUUUUUUUUUGUCAUUAAUUUUUCCUAGAGAAGAAGGAGGAAGAGGAGGAAUGAUUAUACUGUGAGUCCUGCUCUCAGAGGAACAGGCGCUUUAUAAGGUCAAAGCUUUUUUUGACAGUUUACCAUCACGUUGUUGUUUUUUUUUUUUUUUUUUUUUUUAUUAAUUGCUCUUGUUUUAUUAAUAUUAAUUUUAUGCCAAUGCAUGCCAAGAUUGUAUUUCGAAGAAAGAAAAAAAAAACAUGUGCCUUUCUACAUAUCUAUUUUAAUAUUUUGAUGUUGCUCAGUUGAAAAGCUCUGGGCUCGUUGGCCCGAAAGUGCUCCAGUAGACUCCUACAGAUUCUGCUGUCAUUAAACAAAAAAAAACACAUACAGCCGUCUGCAUUUGGUGAAAGAGCCAAUAAAAUUCAGUGGAAACA